AACACAAGGAAGAUACCACUUCACCUGGUUGGCUACUUUCCACAAGGAUUUUACACUUUGUAUCUGCCUUUUCGUUUUGACAACAUGAAUAUACCAGUUAUUGAUUUUAGUGCGCACACAUUAGGAUAUAAAGAUGCUUUGGAUGAACAUUUGACCAAGGAAUUGCGAACAGCAUUCACUGAAGUGGGAUUUGUCUAUCUGAAAAACACUGGAAUAACUCAGCAAGAAGUGGAUGCGGUUAUGGAAAUUUCUAAGAAAUUCUUCCUUCAAUCAGAAGAAUUCAAACUUCCUUUCAGCAGGAAAAGUUUUGUUAACAACCCGAACCAUGGAUGGGUGUCGUCGGAGACUGAACGGCUAAAUCCACGACGACCAGGAGACCUAAAGGAAGCAUUCAACACUGCAUCUCUUCGGACUGAUAUAAUAUGGCCAUCGACAGAAAGUGUCACAGGGUUCAGGAAAAUCCAGACAUCGUUCUUCCUGCGCUGCAAAGAGCUUUCUCUUGGUGUCCUCAGGGUCAUGGCUCACAGUUUGGGCCUGGAAGCCGACGUCUUCCUCAGUGCACACAAAUACAUAGGAAGUGAUGAGAAUGGUAGCACCCUGCGGUCCCUGUACUACCCCCCUGUGAUGAGCGAGAGUGUCAAGGAGGGACAGCUGCGCUGUGGAGAACACUCGGACUAUGGCAGCAUCACACUGGUCUUCCAAAGCCAUGAGGGAGGCCUGCAGGUUCUAAGUAGGUCUGGAGAGUACAUCUCUGCUCCCAGUAUACCCGGGACAGUCCUAAUCAAUAUUGCUGACCUGAUGCAGAGAUGGACCAGUGAUACGUUCAUCUCAGCAGUCCACAGGGUUUUGCUUCCUCCUGCUGGAGACUCCAGUACACGCCAGUCUCUGGCUUUCUUCGUGCAGCCGGAUGAUGAAGCUCUUGUGAUUUGUUGCAACGGCUCAAAUAAGUAUCCACCUGUCAAGGCUGGAACCUACCUCAUUGAACGCUUUAAUGACUCCUAUGGAAAAAAUUGAACAUUACCAGGGCUCAGUUUUAAACUAGUUUGUAAAUUUAAUUACAAUGACAUCAUUUAAUUAUGUAUUUGACACCAAACCAUAGUAAUUUAACCAGUCUUCCUCAACUUUAGUUACAUACUGAAAAACAUUCAAAUUUACUGAAUGUGGUUGUUUAAAUAUAUUGUCUCUUUAUAUUCUGUCUUAAUGUUGACCAGAUUUGUGCAUUUUAACUUUAGGCCAAAGGCUCAAUGUGAAUAACUCACAUUUAAAUAACUACAAAUACAAAUGUAAGCUGAAUUGGUUUAAUAUUCAGUACAGAAAUAUUGAUUUGAGGAAAGCAACUAGGAGUUCAAAUGGAUUAACAAAAUAUGUACUGGUAACUGGGCCUUUUUUUAUCAUACUCUUUUGAAUGGUUGCAAGUGGUCCUACAAUAUCAAUACGUUUUGAAUCAUCACAAUUCCUCUAAUGUGGAAGUUAUGAAAGCCCAAGUCAAUUUAGUCCUUUACUUUUACAGUCUCAAACAUAUAGUAUAUUGACAAUCACAAUGAACAAAGGAUAUUACAAUAGAUACCAAAAAAAAAUAACAUUCAAUCAUUUUUGUAACCAAUCUUCAUAGCCCAUGUCAAUUAUCACAGGAAGGCAAUGUGUACGGUUAUUAAUAUUGAACAAUUCAUCAAUGUGAAAUAUACAGUCAACUUUACUGCAGUAUCUCCAAAGAAAGAGUGGCAGAAAAUGUGGUGAGUGAAUGCUUAUCUUUGUGAUGAAUAGACAAAACCCCACAAUGAAACAGAAUAUUGUGCCUCAACGUCAAGAGGGCAUGACCAACUAAACACAACAGUGCCUGUUUAAUAUAGCUUUUACCCAAUCUAGGUACGCAUAUUAUCUAGCAGCAUAGAUAUAAUUCCUGGAACUGUCCCCACCCUCCACACUGCCAAACCUAAAAUCAGAAUUUCAAAAAUAAAUACACUUACAAGUUACUUAAGUAACAACGGUAUAUAUAAACACGAAAUUACUAAUUUCUUCACCAUCUUCCCAGUGCAGUCUCCAUUCAGGAAAGCACACUGGUUGUGACAAAAAAAAAAAAAAAAAGUCCACAGAUUUGUCUGUUUCAUUGAUUCUUUCAAAUCAUGUUGGGUUGGUUAAGCAGCUACUCCAGCCAGCUAUGGUAUGUUAUGAUUUAGGAGUGGGUUGAAAAGUUCAGUUUGUAUGGCUGCUUUAAAAAAAAAGCUUUAGGUGCAUGUUUUCCAACCUAGAAACAAUAAAACGAAAUGAAAAUUGCCCAACUCAUUGCAA